CUCUUCUCUUUUAUUUUCUUCUCUCUCUCUUUUCUCUAUACAAAACGCACAGUAAAGGAAAACAAUCACCAGUUUGGGAAAAUAUUAAAUGAGUUCGAUGUUAUUCUCGGAUUACUCUUCCUCUACAACUGCUCGGUUUCUCCCCUUCAGCCGUAGCAGGCUUCGUGUGGACGGUGCUGUUUUCUGUCGCCGGUUGUUGGGUCCUCUCCAUGUGCGACCCCCAAUUUCUGUCUCCCUCAGAACCACCCUCACUGUUCACUCUUCGUCAUCCUCUUCACCUGUUAUUAGCGCAACAAUGGGUACUGGGACAUCUGCCAAGAUUAUUGAUGGAAAAGCUGUGGCAAAGAUAAUCAGAGAUGAGAUAACUGCUGAAGUUUCCAGGAUGAAGGAUGCCAUUGGUAUUGUUCCAGGGUUAGCGGUUAUUCUUGUUGGGGAUCGGAAGGAUUCUGCUACUUAUGUACGCAACAAGAAAAAGGCUUGUGAAUCUGUGGGUAUUAACUCUUUUGAAGUGCGUUUACCUGAGGACUCCUCAGAACAAGAAGUACUCAACUUCAUUUCAGGCUUUAAUGAAGAUCCUUCAGUUCAUGGCAUCCUUGUGCAGUUGCCUCUACCUUCUCAUAUGGAUGAACAGAGCAUCUUAAACGCUGUGAGCAUUGAGAAAGAUGUGGAUGGUUUCCACCCACUGAACAUUGGUCGUCUUGCCAUGCGAGGUAGAGAACCCUUGUUUGUUCCGUGUACGCCUAAAGGUUGCAUAGAGUUGUUGCACAGAUCUGGCAUUGUUAUCAAAGGAAAAAGGGCUGUUGUAAUUGGCCGGAGCAAUAUUGUUGGAAUGCCUGCUGCGCUGUUACUCCAAAGGGAAGAUGCUUCCAUUAGUAUUGUCCAUUCCAGAACUAAGAACCCUGAGGACAUCACAAGACAAGCAGAUAUUAUAAUCUCAGCUGUAGGACAGCCAAAUAUGGUUAGGGAGAACUGGAUAAAACCUGGUGCGGUUAUAAUUGAUGUUGGAAUAAACCCAGUUCAGGAUGAAAAAUGUCCCCGAGGUUACCGACUGGUUGGAGACGUUUGUUAUGAGGAGGCAUGUAAGGUUGCUUCAGCUGUUACUCCGGUUCCUGGAGGAGUUGGUCCAAUGACAAUAGCAAUGCUACUCUCUAAUACUCUAAGCUCAGCAAAGAGGUUGCAUAACUUCCAGUGAGCUUUACAACAUUUCAGUGUUAUCAUACAGCUAGCACAGUCUGCCAUUUAAAUUAAGUUCACAUCCAGGUACCUCACUUCUGUCUGUAUGAGUUUCAGAGCAUUUUUCUGUGGGACUGAAUCCCACCAAAUCGGUGGCUUAAAUUUCAAGAAAAUUUUGUAGAGCAAAGUUAAAACGAAUCCUGAUAUUUUGGAACUGUAUAAAUAAAUAGUUAAAUUGGCUUGUGCUCAAGUUAUUAUUCUUUGGUCGAUCUCAAGCUUGUGGCUCUAGGUUGGUCUGACAUCACCUGCUCAAAGUUAAGGCUGAAAUAAAGUAAAUGCGACACACCAAGGGAAAAAAAUAGAGUGAGAACAACAAAGCACAGAUUUUACAAACUAUCACUCCUAACUGCAGCCUGAGAUUUCCUUUGUUCCUCAUGCUAUAGCAAGCUCCUUUUUUUUAAACAGCUAUGAGCAUAUUUAUAAGGUUUGAUUGAGGAAUAAACUUUGGGUUAUAUUGAACUACUUUUCUUCACGAAAGAAGUAAUAUAUGAUGUUAGCAAUGUUGUGAACAGGGCAAUUCAGUGUGGCAGGCAAGUCAUCUGAGCGGAGUAUACUCACUUUGCUUGAAAAGCCUGAUGCUUCUAGCCAUUGU